CCCACGAGGCGGGGGGAGGAGAGGAGCGGAGCAGAGCUGCUGAUUGGCUGCCGCCGCGCAGCGCCUGCUGGCCCUUUAAGGGAGCGGAGCGGCCGCCGGCGGCAGCGGUUGGGCUGCGGGACUCGGAGGUGCGGGGGUGUCCCCGGUCCCGCAGCGGGUGGAGGCGGCGUGGCACGGGCGGCCUGAGGGGCGGCGGGGACCGUACCGUACCGGAGGCGGGGUGCGUGGGGUGAGCGCCGCCGCCUGGUUUCUGCAGGGUGGAGGCCUGGGGGAGCCGCUCCUCAGCCAAGCGGGUGGAUGGCGGCUGUGGAUGACCUCAAGUUUCAAGAAUUUGAUGAUGCAGCUAAUUUGCUUGCAGCAAAUCCUGAUGCUACGACAAUAAGCAUUGAUGAGCCAGUUGAAAUCCCCAAGAACCAGCACGGCCGUCUGCAAGAGCCAGGGAGAGAAGAGGAUGAUGAACUACUGGGGACCGAUGACUCUGAUAAAACAGAGCUGCUUGCAGGACAGAAGAAAAGUGCCCCUUUCUGGACAUUUGAAUACUACCAGACGUUCUUUGAUGUGGACACUUACCAGGUCCUGGACAGAAUCAAAGGUUCAGUUUUCCCAGUACCAGGGAAGAACUUUGUAAGGCUGUAUAUCCGCAGCAAUCCUGACCUUUACGGUCCCUUUUGGAUAUGUGCCACGCUUGUCUUUACCAUUGCUGUUAGUGGCAAUCUCUCUAAUUUCUUCAUCCAUCUGGGCAAGCCAACAUACCACUAUGUGCCCGAGUUCAGAAAAGUGUCCAUAGCAGCAACAACGAUUUAUGCGUAUGCUUGGCUUGUUCCCCUUGCUCUCUGGGGAUUCCUGAUGUGGAGAAACAGUAAAGUUAUGAACAUUGUCUCCUACUCAUUCCUGGAGAUAGUGUGUGUAUAUGGCUACUCCCUCUUCGUUUACAUUCCCACAGCGAUUUUAUGGAUCAUUCCACAAAAAGUGGUGCGCUGGGUCCUGGUGGUAUUUUCCCUGUGCCUUUCAGGGUCUGUUUUGGUGAUGACCUUUUGGCCUGCUGUCCGAGAUGACAACCGGAGGAUCGCGCUGGCGACCAUGGGGGCUAUUGUUCUGCUUCAUGCCCUGCUGGCUGUUGGCUGUUUGGCAUACUUUUUUGAUGCCCCUGAACUGGAUCUUCCUGCACCUAUUAUCCCUACUUACAAUGGAACAACAGUAAUAACAAAGAGUCAGUAAAUAAGAUUACAAUGCCUGGUUUUCCAUCUGUAAUUUUAUUUUAGAUUGUUUUUUCAAUGAAGAACAUGGAAAGUUCCAGAACGGGAUGCUUUCUGUAAAAGAAAGGACAGCGAUGUCCCAUGGACUUACGGGCAUCUCCGUGCUCACUGGAGACUGACUGGCUCCAUAAGGAGAGUGAACUGUUGAUCUUAAUAGGGUUUUUUGUUUGUUUUGUCUGGUUUUGUUUUGGGCUUUUUUUUUUUUUCCCUAAAUUCUGUCUAUGCUCACCACGCUAUUUUGCCUCUGAAUAAAGCGUUCUGAAGGCGA